CUCUUUUUUAUUAUUCAUCACGAGAAAAUAAAACGUAAGCACACAAUAAAGUAGAUGAUGACAAUCAAUAACUUGUUCAUGGUAGAUGAAUUCUUGGAAACUCCCGGGUGUUAGAAAAAACAAGGAACAACCUACUCCUCCUCCUCCAGCAUCUUCUAACACAUCAACUACACCUUCUCCUUCUUCUUCAACUCAUGAACCCAAGUCUGGUGUAUUGCUUAUUCGUAUAUGUGAAGCAAGAGGUAUUACACCUCCUUCCAAUGUGACUUUACCUAGCAACUCACAAGUAGCUGUGAGUCGUCAAUCCAACCGUGACUCUCUCAGCCGUAAACAGCAUUGGUGGUUACCUUAUGUCGUGCUAGAAUUCGACAAGAAUGAAGUCUUGAUUGACUCUUUGGGAGGAGAUACGCGCAACCCUAUCUAUCAAUACAGAGCUAAUUUUGAUGUCUCACGUAGUUCAGAAGUAUCUAUAUCGAUGUAUAUGCGUCACCCUCCUACAGCCCAUGGUGAGACACCACGCACUACGAAUGAUGCUUUCUUGGGUGGUGUUAAGGUUCAGCCCAACUUUGAUUCUAGUAGGAUUGAAGAUCAAGUACUUGAUAUUGUGGGUGGUACAGGUUCUAUUCAUAUUCAACUAUGUUAUCGACCUCAACAAACCAGUGCUCCCAUCACGUUUGAUUCGUUUGAUCUUUUGCGUGUGAUUGGCCGUGGUAGUUUUGGCAAAGUCUAUGUGGUCCGUAAGAAGGAUACCAAUCGUAUUUAUGCCAUGAAAGUAUUGCGUAAAUCCCGUAUUAUUUCUCGUUCAGAAGUGACACAUACGAUGGCUGAAAAGACAGUGUUAGCCAAGAUUAGAAACCCAUUUAUUGUGCCACUCAAGUUUGCAUUCCAAAGCCCUGAUAAACUUUAUUUGGUACUGGCUUUUAUCAAUGGCGGUGAACUAUUUCAUCAUUUACAGCUGGAAGGAAGAUUUGAUGAGAAUCGUUCUAGAUUCUAUACAGCUGAAUUAUUGAGUGCAUUAGAAUGUCUUCAUGAUUUUAAUGUUGUCUAUCGUGACCUGAAGCCAGAGAAUAUCUUGAUUGAUUAUAAUGGCCAUAUUGCUCUAUGUGAUUUUGGUCUCUGUAAACUGAACAUGAAGGAAAAUGAGCGUACAAACACAUUCUGUGGUACACCCGAAUACCUUGCACCUGAACUAUUGCUCGGACAAGGCUAUACAAAGACAGUAGAUUGGUGGACAUUGGGUGUAUUGUUGUAUGAAAUGAUGACUGGAUUACCACCCUUUUAUGAUGAGAACACAAAUGAAAUGUAUAGAAAGAUUUUACAAGAUGAAUUACGAUUUCCUGAUGAUAUGAGUGCUGAUGCAAGAUCACUUUUGCGAGGUCUUCUGACAAGGGAUCCUAAUGAGAGAUUAGGUAAUAAUGGUUCAGAAGAAAUCAAGAAUCACCCCUUCUUUUCUAGUAUUGAUUGGAAGAAACUAAACCAAAAGAAAGUUCAACCACCUUAUAAACCCUCUGUGGAUUCUGCUGUUGAUACAACCAAUUUUGAUGAUGAAUUCACUUCUGAAGCACCUCAAGAAUCCCUUGUGGAUGAGUCACAAAUCUCAAGUACAAUGCAAGAACAAUUUGCUGGAUUUACUUAUAAUCCUGCUAAUGAUGGUGUCAUGGGUGAAAGUUAUACAGGUUCAUCUGCUGUAGGUGGUCAUCCUGGUUGGUAGCAUAAUAGCCAUUCUCUAUUUGAUAAUAAUAAUAAAAAAAAAA